ACAUUUUUUUAUGUAAUUGAUUUUAAGCACAAGUUAAUCAAUUAUUUUGCAUUGAUUGUUUUCAUUAUUAUUUUUGAGUGUUGCACUUUAUUUAUUAUUUUCAUAUCUAUGUUAGCUGCCAUUGUUUGGCUAAGACAGCUGAGUUUUGAAGGACAAGGUUUAUAUAUAUAUGAAUUUAUUUGGAUUCUAAAGGCAAUCAAAACAUUAUCUUACAGGGUGCACAGGUGUGUCCUGAAGGCUGGUUGCGGCACAGAGAGAGCUGCUAUUACUUCUCAUCUGGCAAAGACUACAGAACAUGGAAUGAGAGCCGGGAAAUGUGUGAAGGGAUGGGAGCCCAUCUACUGGUCAUAGAGGACGGGGAUCAGCAGGACUAUUAUAAAUAGAUUCAGCAAAGCAUCACCAUAUAAAUUUGUUCUGGAUCGUGUGUACAGAGAAUGGAGAUGGAUGGAGAUGGGUGGAUGGUCAGCUCUAUAAUACCAGCCUAUUUCAGCUAUUAGGAUCUUCAGGAAACUGUGUAUGGCGGGAAGCGAAGUCUGGAUAUAAUAAGGAUCUCUGUCAAUCCAAACACAGCUGGAUUUGUCAGAAGAGAGCCCUGAAGAUCUGA